AUGCCGCGCUUCAGAGAUGAUCCCAACGCGCCCCCCGCAGAUGAGGAGGAGGGCUCCUUCGUCGAGGAGAGCCAGCGCCGGGCCCGCCGCGUCAUUGACGGGUUCAUUGACUUUGCGCUUCAGGGCAACAUCCUCGAGAUUGCUUUCGGUUUAAUCUUGGCCGCAGCAUUCACGACGAUCGUCAACUCGUUCGUGAGCGACAUCCUGCUGCCGCCUCUGUCGGUCCUCCUGCCGCUCAACAAGAACCUCGACGAGAAGUUCGCCGUGCUCCAGGCCGGCCCCAACUACGACGCGGAGAGGGGCUACAACACCCUCCAGCGGGCCCAGGAUGACGGUGCUGUUGUUAUGGCCUAUGGUAUCUUCAUCAACAAAGUUAUCAACUUCUUGGGCCUCGGCCUCUCGCUCUAUGCGCUGGCCGGCACGUAUCAGUACUUCUCUCACGAUCCCAUCAUCAAGCAUACGGUCAAGUGCAAGUACUGCCGGAAGAGAAUCAACGAGAAGGCAAAGCGUUGCAUCAACUGCACUAGCUGGCUUGAUGGACGUGAGGAGAGGCCGAUUGGCAACGGGGAUAGACCGGCUGGUUCAAACGGAGGCCAGUCACCGGAGAACGGGAAUAGCCAGCCCACAGAAUAG